AUGUACACUUUUGUUAAUUUCUUUUCUCAAAGUUUCUAUCAAAGUAAUCAAAUAAAUCCUAUUCUCACUCCAUCUCCUUCACCAACUACUUCCUCCACUUUACAUGAAUGUACGGUUUGUAAGGCUUCAUACAGAAGUAAAUCUGUUUUAACACGACAUAAAACUAUUGUACAAAAAUACAAUACGCAGCGUGAAGGGUUGUAUACAUUACCUCUAGAAGCAAUAAACGAGUUCAAAGCACAGCUUAUUCACGUUAUUCAAGGUAAACUAAAAGAUCAUUUUUCUAAGUCAGGUAGACAAACUAUUUCUUUACCUUGUCUGGAAAGUUUAUUUUUUGGAGUCUUUGAAGGUUAUAUUCAUUAUUAUAACUAUCAGACUGGACGCAAAUUUUUUAAUAAUAACCAGCAAACUUUUGUUGUGUUAUUUGAUGCGCAGGCUGAAGCAGAUGCUAAUCAAGAAAGUCUUUCUGAUCAACAUGGUAAUCGGGUUCCAAAAAAUAGGCUAAAAAGAUUUAACUUGCUUAAAUUAACGGUUGAGUGGAAAUAUAAGAAAAGUAAAGAAGAUGCAAAAAAUAAUAGAACUUCGGCAGGAUAUAUUAAUUUAAAAUUUUGUGCACAACAAAUCUGA